AUGAAAAAUUUUGGAAGUGAUGAUGAUAAAGAUGGAAUAUUAAAAGAAAUAGAAUACAUAAGGAUUCCAAGGUUGCUCUCCCUUUACAUAACUACUAGUCAUUACAUUACACUACUGGCCACUGUUCAUAAAAGCUUGCUUUCAACUGAUAGGGGCGGUGCCCUUAGUGUAAGGGAAUCUCACGUGACAAGGACGUGA